CAGACACACCUAAUAUGCUGGUCAUACUUGGCCACUUAAAUUCGCCUUAUAAAACAUAAACAAUGAAAUUCGCCUGUUUACCUUGACUCGUGUGCGACGAAAGUUGUCCAAAUCAUUCAAAUUCCCAUAAGAACACAAAAGGAGCACUGAAUGGAUCGGGAACGCUGUGACAUAUUGGAGCUGUUAAAUGGUGGAAAGUCUUCGGACGGUUUUCUGCGUGUGGCGGCACCUAUGGUCAGAUAUAGCAAAUUGGAAUUCAGGCGAUUGCUAAAAAAGCAUGGUGUGCAAUUGAGAUUUACACCCAUGAUUAUAGCAGAUUCAUUCACAAGAAGCGAGAAGGCUCGACAAAAUGAAUUCACAACAGCUGAAGAUGAUAUACCGGUGAUAGCUCAGUUUGCCGCCAAAGAUGCAAAUGAAUUUGUAAACGCUGCACAGCUUGUUUAUCCAUAUGUAGAUGGCGUGGACUUAAAUUGCGGUUGCCCACAGUCCUGGGCCAUAGCCAAAGGUUACGGUUGCGGUCUCUUGAAGAAUCCUGAGCUAGUAAAGGAUAUUAUUAGUACCACACGACGGACAUUAAACGAACACAUAAGUAUAUCCGUAAAGAUACGUCUGUUGCAGCACGCUUCAAGUAGAACAACAGUGGAAUUUGCCCGUCAAUUGGAAAUGUGUGGUGCUACAUUUAUAAGUUUACAUGGAAGGACUAUGUGGCAAAAAACAUCGGAACCCUUGAAUGUGGAAGCAAUACGAGAUAUUAAAGAUGCUCUGAAUAUACCCUUGAUUGCCAAUGGAAGUGUUAAAACCUGGGAUGAUGCUUGUACGCUGCAUAAACAAACCGGUGCAGAUGGUGUUAUGGUGGCACGAGGACUGCUGUCAAAUCCUGCUCUGUUUAAUAUGAAAUACAAGAAUGCAACAGUUACACCAAUAGAGUGUGUACAGGAUUGGUUGGAUAUUGCUGCAGAGGCGGGGGAGAAUUUACAUUUCCUGACGUUUCAUCAUCAUCUUACAUUCAUGUGGGGUGCACAUUUGAAACGCAAAGAACGCCUGGAAUUUAAUUCGUUUACCACAAAGGAAGAGAUAUUCAAUUUUUUUGCUGAUAAUUACAACAUCAAACCUACAACGCAAUUCAUAGAAAAGUCUUAUCCACCAUACACAAAUUGUUCCUACGAUCAUUUCCAACCAGAAAUUAAAGAUGUAAAUAAUGUGGAAGAUUGCACCUCAUCAUGGAAUUCAAACACAAAAGGGAAAUUCUUCAGCGAAUUUUCUGAAGAAUUGGAUGCUGAUGAUGACUGUAGUUUGGGAAAUAGCUUCUUCGCUGAUAUGUAAAUAAUUACCUAUGUCAUAGAAAUAAGAAUGUUAGUUGAUACCGUAAUAUAGCUACAUUUGUGACAAAAAUA